CCCAUUCUCCCACCACCACCUUCGUCUCUAAAAAUCUUUCUAAGCCUAAUUCACCUCUCUCUCUCUCUCUCUCAAGCUCAAGAAAGACAUGGCGAUAAGGAACAAAGCGAGUCAAGCGCCAUCACUGAAACAAAUCUUGAAGAGUUUGGGAAAGAAGAAGCAGAGGAGGAACCACGACAUGGAAGGAGAAGACGUGCCGAGAGGCCACUUCCCGGUGUACGUAGGAGAGAACAGAAGCAGAUACGUUGUUCCGAUUUCAUGGCUAACCCAUCCGCAGUUCCAAACGUUUCUCCAACAAGCCGAAGAUGAGUUUGGCUUCGUUCACGACACCGCUCUCACCAUCCCUUGCGACGAACUCUUGUUCCGCUCCUUCAUCUCCACGUCCCGACACAACUAUUAAUAAACGCUGUAAUUUCCAAGGGACUAAUCUAUAUUCAAUUCAACUGGUUUCUCCUAUUUACAUAAAUAACCUUUUAUAGUUGUAAGAGAGCGGGAAAAAACGAAUUACAAGUGGCCUGAGAAAAACGGCAGUAUAGUAAUUUCACAUGGCCAUUCCAUAUGUAAACGACGAUGAGAAAAACUUGAAGAAGCAAGGACUACAAGCCGCAAGCGGGUACGAUGGGCUUGUACGGUAUGUUAUUAUUAUUAGGGUUUAUGUUCCCUCGACAAGAAAGGCGAAGACAACAAAGAACGGUGAGAGAUUUCGUGUCAGGCACCGGCUCCCGAGUUAUGUAAUAUAUUUUUUCUCUCUUUUUUUUUUUUACUUUCCCCUCAAGUCAAACGUACUGUAAUAUUUUAUAUAUAUAUAUAUAUAAAGAUUGUACUUUAAUGUUGGUCGAUGUUUAUUCAGCGGAAUAACAGCUAGAUCUUGUAAUAAUAAAUUGAAA